AUGCCUGCCACGCUCGUGGCGUAUGGCUCGCUGCGCUCGCUCGCCACGCUGCCGUGGCAGUUCAUAGUACGAGUGUAUCGCGGUGGGCUCAACACUAGAAACAUCCCCACACUCGUGUUCAAUUUCGCACUCAAUUUCUUCCCCGUAUUUAUAUGGCUGUGCGUUUUCAAAAACGCGGGCCUGAUCCCCACCAGCUGGCGUCCACUUAUCCACAGCAAGCUCGCGUUUCUAGCAGAUGCGUUCAUGUUCGGGGACUCCGCCGGCGAACUGCAUGCCCAGUACGGUGACAGCGCCUCGGAGAUUCUCAGGCCGCUGUCGUGGGUCUCGGCUGCGCUGUUUGCGGUGCUCGUGUGCACCGUGCUGCCAGUGUCGCUGUGGUACUAUCUGUACUAUUGUCGACGCUGCCAAACCAACGUGCUGGAACCCUACGCACACUUGUUCCAUCGUGACUACCGUUUCUCGCCCACCAACCGCCGCGUGUUGCUGCCCUUCCUGUUACUGCUGCUCACUUUUUCGGGUUUGAAUUGCGUUAACCUGCUGGCCUGGCAGCGCGAAUCCAACUUCACAAAAUACAAAGACAUUCUGGCCUGGGUCUCGUACGUGUUGCUGCAUCUCAUUGCCCCAAUUCUCACCGCCGUUUACCUUUACGUAUUCCAGCCCCCAGGAACUUUAAAGGCCUUCUCACUUGCAAUGGGCGCCCAGAACAUCUGCGGCGUUUUCACGCAUCUUCUCGUACCCAUGGCGCCUCCAUGGUUCAUCCACAUGUACGGCGUCCACGACACAGAGCAUGUGUCCUACGACCAGCCCGGCUACGCUGCCGGUCUUACUCGUGUAGACUCUCAUUUGGGCACGCAUCUCAACUCCAAAGGCUUCCACAAGUCGCCCAUUGUAUUUGGAGCCGUGCCCUCUUUGCAUUCCGCCAUGGCAGUUCAAUGCUUCUUAUUUUUGAUCACCCGUGCCGCGGGCACCAAAGCUAGACCCUGCAUUAUUGACUCGCCGAUCACAGGCUCUUCGUUCACCUCCGAAACUGAGUCUGCUGACAAAAAUCCAGAAACCGACCCUAACACUAUCGAACUCCAGUCCCUUCCAGACUCUUCUCCAGACACUUCUCCAGACGCCUCUCUUUUGGUGAACGCAAUCAACCCAGUCCGUGCCUCCAACCCGAGCUUCCAGUACGGAACCCCGGUUCCAAUGGGUGCGUUGAACUCCAAAUUAAUGUCCAUUUUCCACAUGGCACUCAUUCCUCGUUGUCUGGGUACUGCAUUCCCCAUUUUGCAAUGGUGGAGUACUAUGUACCUGGACCACCAUUUCCGGUUCGACCUUUUCAUCGGCAUGUGGUACGCUGUCACCAGUCACCUGCUUGUGAAUGCGUACUACUUGCAACCACGAGUGUUGAAAAGAUGGUGCGAUUUACGCAUGGGUAUCACAGAAGAUACCCGCAAGGAAGCAAAGACCAUGGGGAUGCGUGUCUUUGAAGAUACAAAUGUCGAGUGGUUUUUUGAUCCUUUUGCAUGA